AUGUCUCAGUGGCUGAAUGAUGGGGAGGUGCUAGAAGGUCAAGGCAGCGGUGAGGCUGUACCUGUAAGCCCGCGACCUCAGAGCCUGUCACUGGGGAGCCCCAGACUGGGCAGGGGCCGCAGCCCACUCGGGUCCCCCAUCCCGAGAAAGGCAGCAGCAGCAAGUCCACAGGCGGAGACCAUUGGGAAAGCCAAGCAACUGUUUGUGUUGUGUGACAAAGAGGGGAAAGGCUUCAUAACGAAACGGGACAUGCAGAGGCUCCAGAUGGAAUUGCCUCUUUCGCCCGAACAACUUGAGACUGUCUUUGAGAGUUUGGACCGCGAGAGCAAUGGCUUUCUUACACCACUUGAGUUCAGCACAGGACUUGGUGAGUUUAUGGGGCAGAAUGACACGGCUGAACAGAGCCAAGAACUUGACAACCAAGACUCAAAUCAGGUGGACCUGUCGGAAGAUGCUACCACAAUGAGACUUAAUGACAUACUGAAUGAGCUUGGUGCUGACAAACUCUCUGACAGUCAACAGGAGCUGUCGUCUCUCUGGUGUGAGCUGCAGAGAGCGCGACCAGAGCUGCUCAGGCUCUUGGAAAGCAUCCUGCACCACGCUGUCACACAUCUACAAGACACCUUCAAAGAGAGAGACACCCUGGAACAAGCUUUGCGCAGAAGGGAAAGUGAGCACGAUCAAGUUGUUCGGUCUAUAUGUGAAGAAAUGGAAAACCAAAUCCGUGAGGAACAAGAAAAACGCCUGGCACAGUUCAAUACUGUACUUGUUGGAAUACAGGAGAGUAUCAGACAAAAGCAGAGAGGCAUUCAGGUUGAAGAGGAGUUAAGGAUGCGGGACCAAGAGUUGGAAAUAACCUUGAGCAGACAGAAAGAGCUGGAGAGCAGAGUACAGCAGCUGAUUUUUGAGCAGUCAAACAUCCAGGAACAGAAUCAGGAGCUACGCAGCGUCAAUGUCCAGCUGCAAGAGCAGGCAGAGAGUUGCAAGGAGCAACUGCAGACUGCUAUGGUUCAGCUGGCCCAGCUGCAGCUCAGUGCUGCCCAGGAGCAAAUGGCCAGACAGCAAAAUAUGAUUAAAGUGUCAAGAAACAUACAGAAAGAGAAGGACAGUCUCUUGAGACAACUCAGCCUGUUGAGGGAUAUGAAUAAAAGUCUGCGAGAUGAGAAAGAUGCCCAGCUGACUAGGAAGAGGCAUGUGUUUAAGGUGGUCUUCCUUGGCAACUCAGGGGUGGGUAAGAGCUCCCUCAUCCAGCACUACUGCACGGGACAUUUCUACAGCUCUAAGGGUGCUACAAAUGACUUCCAGAUGAGGACCAUCACUAUGGGCUCCACCUCUAUCACCCUGCAGCUUUGGGACACUGCCGGUCAGGAGAGGUUUCGUAGCAUCACUGAGCAGUACUACCAUAAGGCUAACGCCAUCAUGGUAGUGUAUGACAUUACAUGCAUGGCCUCUUUCACCACUGUGAGAGAGUGGAUGAACUCAGUGAAGGAUAAGAUGUGUGAUGGUGUGAUGCUUGUGCUGCUCGGAAACAAGUUGGACCUGGCAGACAGUCACUGUAGGAAAGUGUCAAGAAGAGCUGGACAGAUGUUGGCAGAGCAGCACGAGGCCUCAUUUUACGAGUGCAGUGCCAAAACCGGAGAGAACAUAGAGCAGCUGAUGACUCAUAUGGCUGAGUAUGGGCUUCAUUUUUAUAUUGGAAUUGAUGUUAAUUGCCCAGCCUGA